AUGCAAGAAAAACAUGGUGUCAAUCGUAGAGUGGAUACCCUAUAUCUCCCCCAAACGAGUGGCCAAAUGGAAGUCUCUAAUCGGGAUACAAAGAGAAUUUUAGCCCAAAUGGUGAAUGCAAAUCAGACUGAUUGGUCCCAAAAGCUAGAUGAUGCUCUUUUAGUGCACAUAACGGAAUUCAAAAAUCCUAUUAGAACUUCACCUUACUGGCUGGGUUUUGUUAAGGUGUUCCAUUUUCCAGUUGAACUAGAACACAAGGCUAUGUGGGCAUUGAAGAAGCUAAAUCUGGAUUGGGAUGAGGCAACCAAGCUAAAGUUGUUUCAACUUAAUGAAAUGGAUGAAUUCUGGUACCAAGCAGAGUGCAACCUUGUACAAGGAGAGGUUGAAGCAUUAUCAUGA